AAACGCUUCAACAGCGAAUCAAAGAAGACGCGCGAUCGGGAAUAUAAUUUAAAUUUAAACAAUCAAAAAGAUGUCCGUUGUGCCCCUAAUGUUCCGCGACUGGUGGGAUGAGAUUGACUUUCCAAUGCGCACCUCGCGCCUCUUGGACCAGCACUUUGGACAGGGCAUGAAGCGCGACGAUCUGAUGUCGUCGGUGUGGAACUCCCGCCCCACAGUCCUGCGCUCGGGCUACCUGCGUCCCUGGUCACAGAAGAACAGUCUGCAGAAGCAGGAGUCCGGCUCCACGCUGAACAUUGACAGCGAGAAGUUUGAGGUCAUACUGGAUGUGCAGCAGUUCUCGCCCAACGAGAUCACAGUCAAGAUCGCUGACAAAUAUGUCAUUGUCGAGGGCAAGCACGAGGAGAAGCAGGAUGAGCAUGGAUAUGUUUCCCGUCAAUUCUCCAGACGCUACGGACUGCCCAGCGAUGUCAAUCCGGAUAAUGUCACCUCCUCCCUCUCCUCGGAUGGUCUGCUGACCAUCACUGCGCCCAUGAAGAAGCUGCCUCCACCAUCGACUGAGCGCGUCGUGCAAAUCACACAGACUGGACCCUCCUCCAAGGAGGACAAUGCCAAGAAGGUGGAAACCACAACGAACUAAGGUCAAGGUCUACAAUAGUUAGUAUUUAUGCAUCUAUUUAUU